AAAAAAAUACAUUUGCCGGGGAGAAGGGUGGCAAGUUCAAAAGCAUUUCGAGAAAAUCUCAUGCUGCGCUGCGGCUGUCCACAUGGCAAGUCACCACCAACCGAUGCGAAAUGUUGCAAAAUAUCGGCGAGCGUGGAUUGAGAAAUAGAGACAAAGUUCCAAAACAUUAUAAAUGUUUUAGCUACAGAACCGCUGGAGCGACCCUCGCUUCUUUCACCUUUGGAAAAUUCGCCAACAUUUGAGUUCCGGGAACUAAUUUUUAAUGUUUUCCAAUUUGAGUGCUAUAGCAUUCAUCCAAAAUAAGAAGGCACCGACCACGAUUAGAAAUCCGAUCGCAUUAGCCGAGAUACAGCUCGGUUCUGGCUAUAAAAACGAUGUGGGCACCGUUGGCCGAAAGCAAUUCGCAUUGAGAAACAUGGAAGUCAAGGUGUUGGUUCUGAUCUCCCUAGGAUUAUUAGUAUCGCUGGCUGAGGCUCAGCAGGAGCAUCCGGCGACGUCUGUGAAGAAAUGUUCCGGAAGUAAACCCUUUCCGCUCGAGGUGCGUGUCCACAACUGCGUAACUCCACCCUGCCAGAUUGUGAAGGGAAGUAUCCAGAAGUUCGAGAUCGAUUUCGCCGUCGACAAGUACAUCACCCAGCUGACGACCUUGGUAAAGGCCACCACACUCGGAAUCAUCACGGUGCCAUAUGAACUGCCUGCGGAUGUGGCUGCCGUGUGCCCGAAUCUCCAGUACGGCGCCUAUUGCCCGCUGUAUCCCACCGAGGAUGUCUCCUAUUUGUUCACCUUUCCCAUCGGCGAAUAUCCCGAGAUUGGCGUGAAGAUCGAGAUCUAUCUGGUGGAUCAGGACAAUGAGAUUGCCACGUGCUUCGUGUGCGAUAUUAAGGUGGUCAAGGCCAACGGCGGCAAUACGGUCUAUGAGCUGGACUAUCUCAACUGAAGUUGGGCCUAGUUACCAUAAUUCAUCAAUUGGUUUAAAUUACUGUGAUAUAGCAUUCUUUAUUUUCCAAAAUCCAUCGCUCAGCUCCCCCAGCGAUGUCUCAUGAAUAUUUAAUAAAAUUUUAAAAGCUUUACCUCCCACAUAUGAGGGUUGUUUCCCUAAGUAGAU